AUUAUGGGUUGCUGCGUUUCCAGAGAAAUUCUUACAACUACUUGCGAAUAUCCUUCAAAAGCCAAUGAUGUACCCCAGGUCCCAAGCAACGGAGUUGCCCAGGAGAAGAGAGAGGCUGUGCCAAGUGCUGACGUCCAUGGUGUCUGUAAGCAAGACAGGACAGAUUUCUGCUGGGACCCCAUCAUACAGAAUUGCUUUGGAAGCACCAAUGUAAUCUUUACUGGCUCAAAGCAGACUCUGAAUGGCUACGACAUCACUGCACUUGCAAGGUCAUCACUAGUUGGUCUGGUUCAGACAGUAAAAGAUCACAUCACAAAACCAACAGCAAUGGCACGUGGCCGAGUGGCUCACCUAAUAGAGUGGAAGGGUUGGGGUGCCCAUGGCAGAGGCUCUAAUAUAUGUUCGAUGGAUGAGGUCCACUAUUCCAACCUCACUGAUGAGCUGAAGGAAGCUCGUUUUGCAGCAGGAGUUGCUGAGCAGUUUGCCAUUACUGAGGCAACACUGAGUGCUUGGUCCUCACUGGAUGCUGAAGAGGUGGUUUGCAGCAGUAGUCCGAGCAACACGGUUGACUACCUCAAUACAGAUGAAGUGUAUCUUGAAGAUCAGCUUUCAAUUGGAUCCCAAGGCUUUUAUUACUCUUUGAAUGUUGAAGGCUCCUGCACUGUCAUAACUCCUGUAUCAUCAUACGUAGCCAGUUUGGCUGGUGAACCAUUACAAACAGACACGGCGACCAUCCCUUCUUCCCACAGUGGAACGCUGACGGAAACCUUGCCUCCGAACUGCUCGUCUCUUCCAGCAACCACUUCCUGUGGAGCAGAAUUACAAAGAACACUGCAAAGGAGCACAGGCAGCCCCUUACAUCACUCACAUUCCAGCAACAACAGCUCCGUCAUGGAAGAUGAUGUGUUUUAUAAUUAGGCAGAACAGUAGGAUCAGAAACCAUAUUCUCUUGGAUAAGGGAAUUUACUGCUUCCUUUGUUUAAAGCUGGAACAAAAACUGAAUUGUCAUUGAUUUGUUCCAUUCUAAUUUCUGUAUGUCUUUGUGGGUGCAUGUUCAUUGACGUUUGGGAUGACUGACAAAUAGGAACUUCCAAUUGCCCCAGAGGUCAGCAAGACAGGGCCGGGGCUGAAAUUAGCUGUGCUCCUUGCUUUCCCUUGCAAUCCAAUGAAUGUCGCUGGAUGUUAGGGUUUUGAGCUUCAUACUUAAAUAGGCCAGUGACACACAAGCUGGAAAGUCAAUGGAGGAGUUCAACAGGUCUCCCAUUACGGCUCCCGAAAUGACAAUUGGUCAAGCUUGCAGGGCUAUAGUGUUCAUGUCUAGGCUUGAGCAUAAGGAAUGAUUAGUUGGGCGAGGUACUUGUAGCAAGAGUCAACACCUCUGGGAAAACAGGAGAGAAGAGAAGAUUAGAAGGAAACAAGUUCAGAUAUGUCUUGGCUAGUACAGGUCACGUAUACAUUGCCCUAUACUAACUAAGACAUUCUGGUACACGGUGUACAGAGCUUCUCCAUUUAGGUGAUAAGGAUUGACAUUAAAAUCAUCUCCUGUUAUAUUCUCAACACUGUAACUAUGUGUAACUUUGGCACCGUCCUCUCAUUGAUCACUAAAGAUAAACGUCACAUCACGAUUGAUUCUUUAAUUUCUUUAGAUCUUUCAAGGUGGUGCCUUACCACAGCAAAAGCAUCCCUGCCUCUAAAGUCAAAGCUCUGGGUUCAAAUCCCAUUCCAGAGUGCGGUGGUCAAAGAUGUUGCAUUCAUGAUAUUGCCAAACAGGUGGAGCAUGAAUUUGUAAAUCCUUCCAAUGUAUACAUGAACAGGAAGUGGAGAGAGCAAGAGAGAUUCCUAGUUAGCCAUGUAAUGGGAGCCUCUACCACUGCUACCCAUAGCUGCAGCUACUUAGACUCCUUGGUGAGUGGGGGUGUGGGUCAAGUUGGUGUCAAAAGCACAUGGUUUGAUCCCUGUUCCAGCUGGUGUGGAUUUGGAACCUGCCACAUUGCCUUAUCUGUGGUGGAGCGCGCAGUGUUGCAGACCUGCUUUUGGGCAGGGGACGCGAAGAUCUUUUCCUGAGAAUCAGUUUGAUGCUUCAGUAAUUAGUCAUCCCUUACCCCAAUGAUCACAGUGUCGUGUGGGAGUUCGCAAGGAUAUGUGGUAAAUAUCUGAGUGGCUGUGAUUUACUCUUAUGUCUUUGUUGUGAAUUGUAUUUGGAAUUCAACCACAAUUGCGAAAAAAAAAGCAAUUAAACAUCAUUAAA